UUUACAACACCCCUUUGCUCCUUGUCAAUACCGGCAUGAUAAUGGCGAUAUCACAGUUCAUGGGCUCCAUAGCUGCUCAGGCAUUCAUUUUGGUUCUGUUCAAGGCCUCGCACUCCACAAAAUAUGCGCUGAAUUCGCCUCUCGCAUCACCUUACUAUGACCAUAAGACUCAUGGACAUAUCUCAAAAGGUGCAAGGACAUGGAUUUCGCCACCGGCUUUGAUCAAUUUCGUAUUCUUUAGUUUCCCUAUCGGUGUCAUCGCUGCCACUAUUGCUCUCUUCGCAUGGUUAUCUUCAGGCGCCACCCAAUUUGUAGCUGGGGCAGUCAAGGUUCUGGACACUUUGGGGCGAGGGUCGUCAGUGUGGGAUCAGCUGAAAGUUACAUCAACGUCCGGCGAAGAAAAAUUUCUUCUCACAAGCCAACUUCUCCAAGUUGUAUCAGACGCAAAGAACUUCAGCAAUGACGUCAGCAUUCGGUUGGAGAAUUUGAUAACCUGUUUCCGCGUUGUCCAAUGUGUGUUAUUAAUCAUCAUUCUCAUAACCUCCCUAGUUUUUGUCAGUUUGUUUUGGGGAUUGGUCCGUAAGUUAAUGGAAGACCAGCGCCAGUCAGACCGCGCAUCAUCUCAACCAAACCUUUUACGGCACGAGGAUGAGCGAACAAACUCGUGGGGCAAGAGCGCCGAACAAUCCGGUAGCAGAAAGCUUGAACUGAUCAAUAUUUUCAACUCAGAUUUUCAGGGCCCUUUACUAUAA